AUGACGCGACCACCGGUGUCUAUUCCGAGGCCUUCGAGUUGGAAGGCCGACUGCGUGGCUGGUGAGCUCAAAUACGCCGAAGCGAUCCGCAGAGCCCUGGCCGACGAGCUCGCGUCAGACCCCGACGUCGUGGUCAUGGGACAGGAGAUCGAGGCCCUCGGCGGGGUGUUCACCGCCACCCAGGGACUGGCUGAGAGCUUCACCGGCAGGGUCCUCGACACGCCCCUGGCCGAAUCGGCGACGGUGGGUUGGGCCAUCGGCGCGGCCAUGGCCGGGCUGCGUCCGGUGGUGGAGAUCAUGUUCAUGGACUUCAUCACCACCGCGAUGGACCAGAUCGUCAACGGGGCGGCCAAGCUCCGGUACAUGUCGGGAGGCCAGGUCGCACUCCCGAUCGUCAUCCGGACACCGUCGGACGGCGGCACCGGACACGGCCCCCAGCAUUCGCAGCAUCUCGAGACCUGGUUCGCACACGUGCCGGGACUGGUGGUGGGGAUGCCAUCGACGGUGUCGGACGCGUACUGGAUGUUGCGGCACUCGAUCCAGGACGACAAUCCGGUGGUGUUUGUCGAGAGCAAGUACCUGUACUUCCGCGAGAGCGGCGAGAUCGGGCCCGAGGGAUCUGGAGUCGUACACCCCUACGGGGCCCGCAUCGUCAGGAGCGGGGAUUCCGUCACGAUCGUCACGGCGGGACGGAUGGUCGCGGAGUCGCUCGCCGCGGCCGAGUCGCUCGCCGCCGAGGGCAUCGACUGCGAAGUCAUGGACCUCCGGUUCAUAUGGCCCUACGACCGGGAGGCGCUGGCGGAGUCGGUGGCGCGAACCAACCGGCUGAUCGUCGUGCACGAGGCCGUCCAAGACUUCGGCUGGGGCGGUGAGAUCUGCGCCUGGGCCGCCUCGGAGUUGUUCUACUCCCUCGAUGCGCCCAUACGACGACUGGCCACGCCGCGGGCACCGAUCCCGUUCGCAGCCCAUCUGGAGUCGGCCCUCGUGCCCAACCGGGCGGUCAUCGAAUCAGCCGUCCGUGAUCUCGCCCGGCACUGA